GAAGUACUGCUGGCGCGUUCGCCCCGCCCUCGGAGUUGGGGGUUGCACCUCUCUUGCAUUUAAAGCUCCACGUGUCUCUGCCUUCGUUUGCCGAGCUGUGAUCUGUACUGAUUGUGGGACUUGUAAGAAGGACUCAGGGAGACUCAGAAAACCUAGAAAUGGACUCCGUGGCCUUGGAGGAUGUUAAUGUGAAGUUCACCAUGGAGGAGUGGGCCAUCCUGAAUCCGACCCAGAAGAAACUGUACAGAGAUGUAAUGCAGGAAACCUUCAGGAACCUGGCUUCCGUAGCAUGUAUUUUAGAAGAAAAAUGGGAAGACCAUGACAGUGAAGAUCAGUAUGAAAAACAUGGGACAAAUCCUAGCAGUCAUACGGUAGAGAGACUCUAUAAAAGGAAAGAAGAUAGUCAAUGUAGAGAAACCUUCAGCCAGAUUUCAAACCAUGACGAAAAGAAAGAAACUGCUACCGAAAUAAAACUACCUAAAUCCAGGUUGUGUGCACAAGUCUUCGUGCAUCUUUUAUCCUUUACUAGCCACACAAGACCGCUCACUGGACCCAAACUAUACCAGUGUCAGGAAUAUGAAGAGAAGCCUUAUAAAUGUAAGGAAUGUGGGAAAGCUUUCAAGCAGCGCCGAUAUAUUCGAGUGCAUGAAAAGAAACACCGUGCAGAAAAGCCCUAUGAAUGUACAAAAUGUGGUAAAGCCUACAGGUAUUCAAGUAACUUAUGUAGACAUGCAGUAACUCAUACUCAGGAGAAACCCUAUGAGUGUAAGAAGUGUGGCAAAGCCUGGAGUUCUCUCACCAUAUUUCAAAGACACAUGACCAAGCACAGCAGAGAUGGACCUUUUAAAUGUAAGGAGUGUGGGAGAGAUUUCAUUUGUCCAAGAAAAUUUCGAAGUCAUGAAAUGACACACAGGGGAGAAAAGCCCUAUGACUGUAAGGAAUGUGGUAAAGCCUUCAGUUUACUCAGAUAUCUUAGAAAACAUAAAAGAACUCAUGAUGGAAAGAAGCCUCAUGAAUGUAAGGAAUGUGGUAAAGCUUUCCGUUAUCCCACUUUUCUUAGAAAUCAUGAAAAAACUCACUCUGGAGAGAAACCCUAUGAAUGUAAGCAAUGUGGGAAAGCCUUUAGUCGUCCCAGUUACUUUCAAAUUCAUGAAAAAACGCAUAGUGGGAAGAAACCAUAUCAAUGUAAGCAAUGUGGAAAAGCUUUCAGUUGUCACAGGUACUGUCGAAUGCACGAAAGAAUACACAGUGGAGAAAAACCCUAUGAAUGUGUGAAAUGUGGUAAAGCCUUUGGUUACCCAAGUAGUUACCGUAAACAUGUGAGAACACGUUGUAGAGACGAACCCUGUUAAUGCAAAGAAUGUGGGAGAACCUGCAUUUAUCACUCAGCUCUGCAGUCACAUGUGAUAGUGCAGAUUGGAGACGGACCUGUAAAUGUAAGGACUGUUAGAAAGACACGCAGGGGAGAAAAGCCCUGUGUCUCAUUUAUGAGACAUAAUGGAAGACUCAUUUAUGUCUCCCAGUUGAGUAUCAAGAAUGAAAGAGCUGUCAAUGUAAAGAUUGUAGAAAAGCUUUCCAUCGUCCCAGUUCUUCAGAAAACCAUGAAAGAACUCAAACCUGAGAAAAAGCCUACUAUGCACAUAAGGAAAGGGGGAGAGCCUUUCACAGACAUGUAAGAAUGCACACUGGAGGCCCAUCGUGCACAUGCAAAGAACAUAGGAGAGCCUUCAGCUGUCCCAGUUGCUCAGAAAGCCGUGACAAAAACUUCAAGUAGAGAGAAUUCUAUUGAAUGUAAACUGUGUAGGAAAACCUUCAUUUUGCCUCACAUCCCCACAACACCAUGUGAGAAUGACUGGAUAGAUACUGUAUGACUGAAAAUGAAGGCAAAGUUUUAAUAAAUACUUUCAGAGCAGCUCAAAAACUGCCCUGGGAGGAAAUCACAUUACAGUAAGUACUACAUGUAAGCCUGGUGCAAAUUAAUUCACAUACUCCCCAAAAUUCACAGCAUGGAAGAAAUACUAUAAAUGUUAGACAUACACGGUCAUUAUGACUGACUCAUUCUCACAGUGAUUUUCUGUAGUAUAGAGUCCACUUACUUUUGCAAAUAUGCACUGAGGUAAUUAAUUCUGUAGAUAACUCUGUAAGCAAGAGUUUCUAAGUUGAAUAGGUAUUUUUUUCCUUCCUGUCAGUUGAUAAACACUCUGUAUUUUUAUAUUGAAGUUUGUUAGAUCCAUGGGUAAAUGGAAGUGUUUUACUAAUAUACAAGUAGGUUCAAUUUUUCUGUAAUUUUGUAAGUGUUCUGCAAAGCAAGGAACAUUUAAAAAAUGAUACUUUGGAGUUUGUUCAUGUUUUCCAUCUGGCUUCCUGUAGCAAGCAUUGAAUGAAUAUGCCUUACACACACAUAUGUAUUCUACCUUAACAGAAAAGUGCCUUUUCAUUGGCCUGAAGAGCUUCAUUCCAUUUUCUUGUCAAUAAAUGUUUUUUAAUUUUUCAAUGA